GUGUCCCUAAUGGCGGAUUCUCACUCUAGAUGGCGAUGUUUUAUACGAAACGCAACGUAACAAGAGAAGAAGCACGACACGGAAGUCAACAUGGCGUCGUGCAGCAGGGCUCAAGUGAUCUCCCUUUACAGGAUGCUUAUGAAGGAGAGCAAAAAAUUCCCCUCAUACAAUUACAGAACAUACGCACUUCGCAGAGUGAAGGAUGGCUUCAGGGAAAACCUUCACGUUGACAAUCCCAGAACACUGGAUUUGCUCAUAAAUCAAGCGAGAGAAAAUCUGGCAGUCAUCAAAAGACAGGUUUCCAUUGGUCAUCUAUAUUCAGCUCAGAGGACCGUUGUGGAAAAAGAGCCUCAUUUAUAAAUGUCUUCAGGAUCAAGAAUAGGUGCCCAUGAAAUAUGGGUUGUGGAUGAUAAAUCAGUGUAACCAAUGAGCCGCACCACUGUCUGUUAUUGUACAUUAGAGGAAACUUUAAAUGUAACAUGUUGAUGUAAAUAAAUAUAUAUCUCAAGCAAAUAAAUACGUAUUAAGCAUGUAAAUAUUAGAUCACUGUAAAAAAAUUAAAAAGCUGAUUUAUAGUAAAAUAUUCAUCUAAAAAGACAAAUUCUGUUAUAAGGUGUGCCUUAAUAGCAACAAUUAUUCCAAUCAAUUAAUUGGAAAGAUGUCUGACGUUUAUAAUUGCUUAGUAAUAACUCCAUGAACUACAAUAUUAAUAUCUUACUAAUAAACAAUACGCCUUCUGUGG